AUGUUAAGGAAUUUUACUAAAACUAAACCAACGCCAUGGCUAGUUACAGGAUAUUUCAAUUUCACGGACUCAUUUCGAGUAAAUAAUGGUCAAACAAGCAACUUAUACGGUUCUUUUUGUCCACCAACUACAGGCAAGUACAUUUUUAAUUCAGAAGGAGCAGAUUGGGUUGGCGGAUCUGUGAAUAAUGUCUUUUAUGGCUAUGAUUAUCGUGCUUCCGCAGCUUGGUGCUAUGCAGCUCAUGUAUCCGAAAGCUCAAAUCCAAUACCACUUGAAAAAGGAAGAUGUUACCAAUUCCAUUCUUGGUCUUGCGCUGAUACAUGUGGCGGUGAUAUAUACCACUACGCACGUUAUAGAACAGAAACUACAACUAACGAAUUCGUUAACAGCUAUCUCUCCUACGAUUGUGUACACAAUGAUUGUGAUAUUGGAUAUGUUGGCUCAUCCUGCACGCCAGUAGAUCUAGAUUGCAAUGGAAAUGGCGUUCCUAGUGAUGGAUUGACAGGUGAUAUCAAUACCUGUGUAUGUACAAAUGGCCUUGAACCAUUCUGUGAUGAUUUGACAACAGUUCCUUCAGGACAUGUUGAUCCAAAGAUGCAGUUUACAUAUGGAAAAAUCAUUGAAAGUGAAACAUCCGCUGUGUUUGGAGAUGUACUUGAAUACUCUUCAUCAUACGCUAAUUAUACCAUUAAAGGUACAAUUAGAAUACCUCAAAAUGGUCAGUAUUCGUUCAGAAUCAAAGCUCAUACAGAUGUAAAGCUUGAAAUUGCUGAUAUCAAUGUGAAUCUUGGAUCAAUUGAUUACAAGAAAAUCUUUAAUUGCCAAGAAGAUGAUCCUGUAGAAUAUGAAACAGGAAAAAUGGCUUUAACUAAAGGAGAGCAUCAGUUCACGAUCACAGGAAUUAGUGGAUGUGCAAUUGAAGAUCAAUGGCUUUCCUUUGAAUGGAUGUUCUAUAGAUACUAUAUUAGUAAGAACACGACUCCUGAAUGGACUUACAUUCCAAGAAGAUAUUUAACUGCUCCCAAAUAA